CAGGAUAUAUAAACUCUCCGUUGAGUGUGUAGUGGGGUUUGACGGCGGGGGAGCGCAGUUUAGGACUCCAUCGUAUGAAAUUACCGCCUUAGAGAACAUUUGUUAUUUUUCUGACCUUCUUGGCUACUUGAAGAACGAAGGUCUGACUGUGUUAUAUAUUUGUAACUUAAUCGUAAAUCUAACAGAGACUGAAAAAGUUGUCUAAUGCCUUGCUGAUGUUUUAAUGUCACUGAACAUCCACAAAAGCCAUAACUUGCUCAAUAUUUAUCAAAAACGCUCAAUACAGAGCGCAUUGACAAUGCCCUUGGAUCUGGGGAUGUACGACAGUGGCGCGGAUUAUAAAUCCCAAAAGCAAUGCCAAAAAACCUCGUUUGCGUUUUAUCAAGCUGUACGGGACCUGUUACCGGUAUGGGUCCUUGAGGACAUGCGGACCAUGGAGGUGUUUCAUUGGGAAGACGACGGACGGGCGUGCGCGUUUUCCCCGUCGGAGGCUUUCCUGUACGCGCUGGUGCACGAUCACCAGCAGUACGCGCGUUAUCUACUCAACAGGUUCUCCGUGCGCGCGCUGGAGAUGCCCAGCAGAAGUUUCUGCUGCUGCCAGGCGUCCACCGCGCAGCACCUCACCAUCGCCGUCCGCUACAAUCGCAUCAACAUCAUCCACAUGAUCAUGGACACCAUCAAAGACUUCACAGACUGCGAGAGGCAGAGUUAUCUGAAUCGACGCGGGUGCGUCCACACGGACGGCAGCAAGACCGCGCUGCAUCUCGCGUGUGACCUGGUGCGCCCCGAGUGCUUGAUAUUGCUGCUUGGACACGGCGCGUCCCCGUACGCAACUGACGUUACGGGGAACACGCCCCUGGACUGUUUACUCCACCAAAUCUGCCAGAGUGACUUUGACAUGCGGACGAAGCACGUUUGCCUCGGCUACCUCAUUUUAUUCAUGCCCAAAUUACGUUUCCAGACGAAGGGACAGCUGCAGGACAAUGCAGAUAUGUGGAAGAGCCUCAUAGGAGAGCAAGCGUUCCGAUGGCUUUCUGGAUCAUCACCUCCUUCAUUGUUUGUUCAGGCCAUGCAGAAGCUCAGCCAGUCCAUACCUAUAGAGCAGCUGAACUCACUCCCUGACUUUCUCAAACCUCUUGACUUUAGACUGGAUCAAGCUUAAAAUGAACACGGUUGUCAAACUGCGUGCAUGGUCUUGAAACGUUCAUGCUAGAAAGUUUUUUGAAAGUGCUCUGUGAAUAUGUGAAUAGUUUGGUGCAUUAUAGCAGUGGUUCUCAACUCCAGUCCUC